UUUAAUUAAUGACGAUCGAAUAUUGUUUCUGCCCUUUACAUUACUGGAAAAUGCGAUACUAAACUUGUCACCUGAAACGCUUGCAAUAUUUGUUUGGACCGGAUGAACACAGCGUGAUAUGGAUUUAUGUUACUAACUGAUCCUUAAUGUUGGCAGACGUAAAAUCGUGAUUGCACCGCGCUCGUAUUAAAUGGUUCAAAAAGAAUAUUUUUCUUCAAAAUGAACUCGGGAAAACAUUUUCUUGAGCCUCCAAAAGAUCUUGCUCGAAAGGACGGAAAGAGAGACAGUUUGCGACCUGACACACAGCUCCGCGUGACUCGGCCUAUUCUAACGCAACAGGCUUUUGAUUCCAAUUAUGGCCUAUUGGAACCGGGACCUCCACUGCGUCCCUGGGGUGAAAUAAAACGAAUCGGCGGCAAAUUAUGGAAACGGAAAACGACGUCUAAUAAAUCUUGCCCAAAAUUGGCUUAUUCCUUUAUUACCAGUUGGUUUCCCGUAAUUGCCUGGCUGCCAAAAUAUGACUUCAAAAGAUUGCUUAUACCAGAUUUCGUGGCAGGUAUCACUGUGGGCGUUAUGAAUGUUCCUCAAGGGAUCGCAUAUGCAAUCCUGGCCGGAUUACCACCUGUCUGUGGACUGUAUACAUCUUUCAUCCCGACGCUGUUCUAUUUCGCAAUGGGCACAUCUCGGCAGUGUUCAAUGGGGACAUUCGCCAUUAUAUCCAUGAUGACGAACAAAAUUGUGGGAUCGUAUUCUAAUCCGGUCAGUAUGAGCAUGGCUACCACUCUCGGGACGACCGUGGCUCCUUUGCUCAGCACCGGUAACAGUGGUAUCGUAGAAAAUUCAACGACACCGUUGUUGCCGGUGGAAAAAUUCAACGAACGAGAAAUCGAAGCGAUUCGUGUUGCAACAACAGCCGCAUUCGUUGUGGGAUCCUGGCAGCUUCUGCUUGGAAUAUUAAAAUUUGGGGGCCUGACUGUUUAUCUGUCUGACCAGCUGGUUCAAGGGUUCACGUGUGCAUCGGCAUUCCAUGUUUUCAGUAGCCAAUUGACAUCUGUAUUUGGAGUUAAAGGACUGCACGAAUUUUUCGGACCAUUUAAACUGGUCAAAACUUACAUAAGGUUUUUCGAAGUGAUUCACACGGCCCAUCCGCCGGCAAUGAUAAUUUCAGCUGUGACAAUCGUGAUUCUGAUUAUCAUUAAAUAUGGAAUCAACAAAAACAAGAAAAUCCGUGCCAUUAUUCGCGUACCUGUGCCAGCCGAACUUAUCAUCGUGAUUAUUGGCGCAAGUGUAUCGUAUUCAUUCGAGUUCGCAGAGAAUUAUGACGUGGUGACAGUGGCCAACGUGCCCACGGGAAUGCCACCGCCGACAGUGCCGGACUUCAGGGUCGUUGUGGACAAUCCGGCUAUUCUGGGCGACACUUUCGCUCUGGCGGUCGUGGCAUUCGCUAUCACAGUCACGUUGGGCAUGCUGUUCGCCAAUGAACAUAAUUACGCUAUCUCACCCAAUCAGGAAUUCAAGGCUCUUGGGGUGGGAAAUAUCGUAGGAUCAUUUUUCCAAAGCAUGCCUUCUGGAGCAUCGUUGGCGAGAAGUGCAGUGCAGAAUGGUGCCGGUGGCCGGACGCAAAUAGUCAGUUUGGUGCAGUCGACAAUUGUUCUAGUGGUCAUUUUGGCUCUGGGUCCGCUCCUCCAGCCCCUGCCGCGCGCCUGUUUGGGAGGCAUUGUAAUGGUGGCUGUUAUUCAUCUCCUGGAGCAGGCAGUGGAGUUGGUACAUUUGUGGAAAAUAUCUUUUGUUGACUGGACGAUAUUCCUAGUGGUCUUUCUGUCAGUUUUGAUUCUGGAUGUGGAUAUUGGAGUCGGAAUUGGCGUGGCGUAUGCUAUCAUGACAGUGAUGUUUCGCAUGCAAAAACCAAAAGUCCGCGGUCUCGGGCGACUGCCUGGAACUGACCUGUACAAACCGAUGGACAUUUACACCACUGCUUAUCAGCGACCGGAAGUGAGAAUUGUACGGAUCGAUGCACCAAUUUACUUCGCUAAUGCCGCUUAUAUUAAAACAAGACUGUAUAACCUGGCUGGACUUCAUGAUGCCAUGCGGGAGCUUAAAGAAGAGAAGGAAGACACCGAGAACGAUGAGAAGCAGCGGUAUGCGUUCACGAAUACCAUCGUAAUCGAAGACAACGAAGAACAGCCACCGGUGGAACAAUAUGAGCGCAAGCUAAGUCGGGUAUCUUCCGGAAGUAAGAAAUCCCAUGCGCAUUUGCCGCGAACAGUUACCGGCUCACUAAGCCAGGAAGUCCUGAAGGAUAACGAAAUCGUCAGUGAUAACACGGACUCCACCGAUGGUUCAGAGGAUGCAAGCAUUCCAAAGUUGCACGUGGUGAUUGACUGCUCCGAGGUGUGUUUCGUGGAUGUUACGGGAGUUGGGUUCCUGAAGAAAACGGCUGAUGAGUGUCGAAAUAUCGGGGUCACCCUGUUGCUUGCCUGUACUAAAAAAUCUGUCCGUGAUAUGUUGGAGAUUUGUGAAGCCAGCGAACUGAAUGCACCGGAUCGACUGUUCGUUACUGUCCACGAUGCGGUUUUAUAUGCCUUGAAUAACCAAACAGUGCAGCCCCUUGCAGUUGAUGAGUCCGGAAAGACUGUUAAUGAAAAUCGACAAAGCGAUACUCGUAUGUAGCGCAACCAAAUGCAGUGCAUCAUGCAUCUUGCAGUAACGCUAUCCUUUUAAGUUCAUUUAGAGUGGCAUACACUUAAUCUGAAAAGGAUUUUGACUAGCGUGAAUGCACUUGGACCUUUGCGCAUGCUUUUACUGUAGUUUUUUGUAAGUGUUGCCCAUUUAUAAAAUAGUUGAUUGUAUCACUUGUAUGUACACCACAUUACUACAAAUCCUUGGUUAAAAUACUGUACGAGUGUGUCAAUAAAGUUUGGCUCGUUGUGAAA